GUGUUCCACUCAACAAUACAGUUAUAGCUACAGGUUACUUCUCUCCUAUACUGAUCAUGGCUUUGCCACCAUUAUCAAGAGCUGACAAGAUACCUAGAUCCACUCCAGUAAUACGAAGCAGCAGUUGCAUAGCAGCUAUUGACUUUGGUACCUCAUCACUAUCAGUAGCAUACACCACUCCUGCAACUGAUGGACAGAUCAAACUAGUACCACUACACAGCAGUUAUGAGAGGGUACCUAAUGCUAUACUAAUACUGAAGGACCAGGAGAACCAGCAAUGUAAAGUAAUUGGAGUUGGAUAUAGGGCACAGAGCAUUUAUGGUGACAUCAAGAAAGAAGCUCAAAAUUUCAUUUAUUUUGAACGAAUAAAGACCUUACUGGAGAGAGAUACACCAUUAGAUCGUACUACUGAAGUCUCUUCAUUCACUGGUGGAUAUUAUUAUCUCAUUGAAGUUAUAGCUUGUAUACUAACACACCUCAAGGAGAAGCUACUCACUGAUCAUCUGAAGAGAAAGUACAAGUCAAGUGAUUUUGAUUGGGUCAUUACUGUUCCUGCUAUAUGGAAAGCAAGAGCAAGAAGAAUGAUGAGAGAAGCUGCUUAUAUGGCUGGUCUCACUUCUGAUGCUCCUGGUAUAACAAGGUUCACUCCAGUUAUUUCUGAUUUACGAAGUCCAGAGGAGGUUAAUCCCGAGAAGCUAUCAUUAGCUCUAGAACCAGAAGUAGCUGCUAUAGCUGCACAGCAUCAGUCAGCAGUAUCAGGGUCCCUUCCACAGAGAUAUAUGGUAGUUGAUAUAGGAGGAGGUACAGUUGAUAUUACUGUACAUGAUAAGAGUAAUGGGAGAAUUAGUGUAGUACUACCACCAAUGGGGAACACCUGGGGAGGUACUACUGUCAAUGAAGCACUGUCAAUGAUACUGGAAGAAGCAGUAGAUGAUAAAGAUUUUGAAUGUUUCCUAAUUUCAGAUCCAACUCGCGCAAAGGCUACUUUGAAUAAAUUUUUUUAUGGAGAAUUCGAAGAACGAAAAAAAACAUUUGGCGACACAACUGAAGGCAUUAGCGAGAUGGUACUGACCUUACCCCCAGCUUUUGUAUCAUUCUAUGGUAAUGAUAAGCUUCGUGAAGCUACGAAGAUGAACAUGCAUUAUGAUCCUGGAGACCUUUCAUUAGAAAUGAACUAUCAUCAGUUAGAAGAGAAGGUAUUUAAAUCCACAGUUGAUAAGAUCAUUGAGUGUGUGAGAGCAGCAUUUGAAAAGCUCAAGCCUAAUAGAAUCGAUACAGUUUAUCUGGUAGGAGGGUUUGGAGGGUGUAGGUUUGUUAGUCAAAAGAUAGAAGAAGCUAUUGCUCAGCAUUGUGGCAUGCUUUAUGAUAAUAUAGUGUGUCCAGUACAACCAGAUCUUGCUGUAGUAAGAGGAGCAGUAAUGUGGAGGAAAGAUCCUCACAUAAUCCAAUCACGCGUUGCUGAUGCUACCUAUGGGAUAAAUGCUUCUAUAGCAUUCAACCCAUCAAUACAUGAUGAACAUUACAAGAGGGUAAAUGCAGAAGGUGUACAACGUUGUGGUGAUGUCUUUAAUGUAUUUAUACUCAAAGGAGAAGAAAUAAAGAAUAAAGUAUGUAAAACUACACUAAUACCUCAUUGCCAAAGCCACACACAAGUACAUAUCCCUAUAUACUGUACAUCAGAUGAUGGGGUUCAGUAUAUAGUAGAUAAAGAAGGUAAACCAACAGUACAUAAGAUUGGUGAGCUAAUACUUGAUAUUCCUAAUCCUGAUAAUAUACCAAGGAAAGAGAGAAAAUACGAGAUAUUCAUUGAUUUCAGUGGUACAGAGAUACAAGCAAGAGCUCAGUAUAGUAUCACUCGGAAAAAAGUGAAAACAGUUUGUGACUUUCUAUCAAAACAAGACUAAGAACAAUAAUGAAAUAAAUAUAAUAAGUACAUUGUAGUUAAAACUAUUUUUAAAAACUAAUACAUGUAGUCGUUAUAGCAAUUUAUUGUCUUAUAACAUUUUUAGAUGUUACUCUUAGUGCAAAACUACUGUUUCUUAAGUUAUACAUAUUGUAGUUUUUUUUCAUGUACAAAUCAUUGCUACUCUUCUCACUUUAAUUUUUAAAAUAAU